UUGUCACCUAACUCCAAUUCUCAUUUCUUUGGUUCAGUUUCGUUAACCUUUUCAUUUUAUUAUCUAAUUUAUUUUCAGCAUGGCCAUAAAAUUUCAUCACGGAAAAUCAUUUUUUUUUCAGAAUAUAUAUCAAAGAAGAAGAUGGGAGAAGGAGAAAAUGUUCAUUUGGGGACUAUCGGUGCGUUGAGUCUAUCGGUGGUUUCGUCGGUGUCGAUUGUCAUUUGUAACAAAGCGUUGAUGAGUUCACUGCAUUUUAUUUUCGCUACAACUUUGACAAGUUGGCAUCUUCUUGUUACAUUUUGUUCUCUUCAUGUUGCACUAAAAAUGAGACUUUUUGAGCACAAGCCGUUUGAUCAAAAGGCUGUGAUGGGAUUUGGGAUUCUCAAUGGAACUUCAAUUGGACUUUUGAAUUUGAGCUUGGGUUUCAAUUCUGUUGGAUUUUAUCAGAUGACAAAGCUAGCGAUAAUUCCAUGUACUAUUCUGCUGGAGAUCCUUUUCCUUGGCAAGAAAUUCAGUAGAAGAAUACAAUUUUCCUUAGCAAUUCUUCUUUUCGGUGUUGGAAUUGCAACCGUUACGGAUUUGCAACUCAAUGCACUGGGCUCUUUCUUAUCUUUUCUAGCAGUGAUAACAACUUGUGUUGCUCAAAUUAUGACAAAUACUAUCCAGAAAAAGUUUAAAGUUUCUUCUACUCAACUUUUAUAUCAAACAUGUCCAUAUCAGGCAGCAACCUUGCUGAUAAUCGGGCCGUAUUUGGAUAAAGUUCUCACUGAUCUAAAUGUUUUUUAUUUCAAGUACACUACACAAGUGACGUGUGUCAUUGUUCUUUCAUGCCUUAUCUCAAUCUCAGUAAACUUUAGUACAUUUCUUGUAAUCGGAAAGACAUCUCCGGUCACUUACCAGGUUCUUGGACAUCUUAAGACAUGUCUUGUGUUAGCUUUUGGCUACAUUAUUGUCCGCGACCCUUUUAAUUGGAGGAACAUAUUGGGAAUUUUGGUGGCCAUGGUUGGGAUGCUUCUAUAUUCCUACUCUAGCAUUCUUGAGAAUCAACAAAAAGCAGUUGAAACUACAUUACAAGCAGCACAGGCAAGAGAAGGUGAAUUGGAUCCUCUGAUUAAUGUGGAAAGUGGAAAUACAAUAUUGAACAAAAGGCCCCUUGUUUGGAACAAAGAAAAAGACUAAUUAUGUAUAAAUAUUUACAAUGGUUUGUAACAAUAGUAUAUCAAAUUAUAGAUAAAUUAUAUCCUUAGAUACAAAGUAUGUAAAACUCAAAUGUUAAGUGGGUGCAUUGGUAGCCAAUCAACAAUAUUAGUAUAGUAUAAAAUUCCUCGAAA